ACAAUGGGCAAUGUGCUCUUGACAAGACAAGAUGACUGAUCAGAGCUUGAAUAAGGUCUGAUCGUGGGGGCCAGAUGGAUGGGACAUUCUAUUUAAAGUUGUGUGGGCAUUAUUAUAUAUUAUUUCUUAAUCCAGAAAAUGUCAUAGAAGUCAUUCCCACUCACAGUGGACAGCACAGUGUGUGGCAAUGAUUGUGUAGCGGUGUCUGGCUUGAAUUGUCCAUGUUGAACAGACAAGUGACUCCACAUCCGUGUGAUGGAACAGGGCAAAAUCAUGGAACUGGAACUAGUAUUGACAUUCAGUGAAAAUGAAUACCCAAAAAGACCGAACAAUAACAGCUAAAAUAAAAAAAAUAAUCUGCUUUGAUGUUAUUGCUAUUGCCAUAAACAAAUUGAGUGAAUUCAUUUUCUUCCCAAAAAUACUGGUAAGCAUUAAACAAAAAAAUCUAUAUUGAUGGCACCUCUCCAUUAAUUCUGAUUAGCAUUGCCUGUGAAUGUGCAUAAGCACGCAUUAAGAGUGUGAUGCUCAGACACGUUCUGUCCUCGGCAGCGGCGAGCCAAGCUUGAAAGGCACGCUGGAGUGGACGGCACAGGGAUUAACAGGAGUGAAGAGUUGAGAGGAAAAGCACGCGAACACAGAUACCUGUAGAGCACUUGUACACACAAUGACACAAUAAAUGAACAAAGGAAAAACAUGAAGCUUCCAGCACUAAAGAGUUUUUAUCAGCAGCGUUGAAAAAAAUGAAUUUUGUGGUUUAAAUAAUUUUCUUAGGUGCUACAACUGCAAAUAAAGACCCUAUUCUUCUCUUCUCACUAAAGAGUGUCCCUCUCUUUUCUGUCAGUCUCUCUCUUUCUCUCUCUAUCUCUCUCUCUCUCUCUCACUCACACAUACUCAUACUAAAGCCCACCUCUCGGAUGCCCUCCCCCAAAUGAGUGUCAUCAUGAGACGCAGCUUUGAAGCACGCUGGCUGAAACUGAACUGCUCAUACUGGUGCUAAGCUUGGAAGAAGCCAGACAUGGAACCUUUUUUCCCCACUAAAGCUUCUUCCUGAGCUGAAUGGACCGACAGCUUUGGAAUAUCGAGGCAUUUGAAUGAGUGAAAGAAACUAAGCUCAGCUGAACUAACCUUACUGGAAGGAUAGAUGGAUGGGGAAUACUGGAAUACUACAAUGGGACAUGUCUGUUUUAUGCUUACCUGACCCUGUGCUCGCUCUUAAUCUGUAGCGAGAGAUCCUAAAGAUCCCUUUUGGCUUACAUUCUAGCCAGAAGACACAAGACACCUGGAAAAAUGCUUGUAAGGACAAGUCCUUUUGUCACUUUCUUUACAAAAUAAUGGAAAGGUUAUGAUACGCUUUGUUAUGAAAGGAGGGGUAAAGACUGACGAUUGGCAGCUCCUACAAUGAGCGACUCCACUCUGCCCUGGGCAGAAGCAACAUCAGGUGUGGACCGGAACCUCAGCAGGACCCUCAGCGACAGCGUUCAUAGCAGCGAUGUGUGGAGCAUCAGUGGCAGUGGUCCAUGGCUGCUUGCAAUCAUGCUGUCCCUCAUUAUUCUUAUGACAGCUUGUGGAAACAUCCUGUUGAUCGCUCUGGUUUUCGCCCACCGGUCCUUGAGGUGCACCUCCAACUGCUUCCUAGUGUCUCUCUUCUUUUCAGACCUGAUGGUGGCUCUGGUGGUGAUGCCGCCUGCCAUGCUGAACAUUCUCUGUGGGACCUGGGUCCUAUCCCCAGGAUUCUGUCCAGUCUGGCUCUGCUUCGACGUGAUGUGCUGCAGCGCCUCCAUCCUCAACUUGUGCGUGAUCAGCCUGGACCGCUACCUCCUUAUUAUAUCCCCCUUGCGCUACAAACAGCGCAUGACCCCGCCCCGUGCUUUGCUUCUUGUGGGUGGCGCUUGGGGCCUGGCAGCUCUCACCUCCUUCCUGCCAAUAAAGAUGGACUGGCACAGCCUGGGACGUCCAAAAGACCACUCAGGGCACAGCUCGACCAAUGAAACAGUGCCAGAGUUGAGCACCUAUUAUCCCCCUUCCUACUUCCAGUUGUCAAACUCAGGCACCUUAUCUCUGCAGUGCCGUUUGAGCGUCACCCUGCCCUUUGCCUUGGUGGCCACUUUCCUCACCUUCUUCCUGCCCUCCACAGCCAUCUGCUUCACCUACUGCCGCAUCCUGCUGGCCGCCAGGAGGCAAGCGCGUCAAGUAGAGGCGCUCACACAUCCUCCGUAUCCCCAUCAUUCUCCAGGGGAGCCGUCCCAGCCUCCUUCACUUGGCCAUGUUGUCCAGGACGGAGAUGACUACAGCCACCAGGAUCCUCAGGUGUCACGCCACGUUCCGCUGUCGGUGAACAGUGAACGUCGUCUGGCUCACAAGCAGGGGAAGAGGGCACUCAAGGCUAGCCUUACAUUGGGAGUUCUGCUGGGGUUAUUCUUCAGUGCUUGGUUGCCGUUCUUCAUUGCCAACAUGGCACAGGCCGUGUGUGAGUGCAUCCCUCCCUCGCUCUUUGAUGCCAUCACUUGGCUGGGAUAUUGCAACAGCACCAUGAACCCCAUCAUCUAUCCCCUCUUCAUGCGGGACUUUAAGAGGGCACUGGGGCGUCUGCUGCCUUGCUGCUCUUCUUCACGCAUCCCUAGACGGCCUUCCCCGCCGCUCUCGCUCUCCCUACGCAACUCAGGUGAGCCUCAGUUACCCAGCGAGCCUCCCUCGCUGGCCUCAGACCCACCACAGCCACCAGCUACUGCCACAGAUGCAGUAAACCUGCUGGAUGCGGAGCACGGCGAGAUUGACCUGCCUUUACUCCUGCCUAACCAGGUCGACACGCUUGACUGAUGGGAGUCUUGAUAGACUGAGGAGGAGGAGGAGGAAAAAAAAUCAAACACCAACUGGGAGUGAAGAUACAGCCCAUAGAUUACACACCAAAUGUGUAAAGACAGAGACCAAAAAAAGUGUUAUGAUCCUUCAGAGGCUGUGUAUUCAGAUCACCCCUGCCAAAACUGUGUGGGGGUGUUUGGUGUUGAGACCAACCAAAUCAGAGACAGCGCCACGCUAUGAAGACGAGCAUGAAGGUUGCCUGGGAUGCAUAUAAAGCAGAAAAACAGAGCCUGUAAGAGCUGUGCAACACAUCUCCCACUUCUAGCAUUACCAUAACAACCACAACAGAUGGAAGACAAGAUGAGAGUAAAAGGAAUCUCACUAAUUCCCGCCACAAUGUCAAGUGGCUGUCCGUUAAGCUGUAACAAGUUCUUUAAUUAAGAACCUACAUUGGUUUUUCAAGAGGUGAGCAAAGCGGAGGCAUAAUUUCGACAUGGGCUGUUUGCCACAAAAACAGCCACUUCCACUCUCACGCUGUCAGCUGUUAAGACCAUUUAGAAGUUAAUAGAAUAGAAAUUAUUUAACAUGAAAAAUUCAAACAAACUGUAGAAAAUUCCAGUAACUUUUAUUCCAAUAUUUUGCAAAAAUGUGAUCUCUUUGUA